CAUUGAGUUAGUUUGAUUUUGGAAUGGCAUAAUUAUUCGGUCGGUUUACGGCACAUUCCGGCAUCAUAAAGAUUUAUGCUUACCUGAGCGCGGAUUACAUCUACUUCUGUGCAAAUACCGCUUGAUAAGCCAGACGCGGAAAUGCAGUGCCCAAUGAUGCAAAAUCAGCGCGCCGGCCGCCGUGCGGCCAAGGCUGCGUCUCAACAGAGCGUGGCGAGCAUGCGUGUUGGCGGACGCGUCUGUGCAUUGCGCGCAUCGGUCGGCCGCAAGGCCGCUAGCGCUGCCCAGGUUGCCAGCCGCGCUGUUUCCGUAAAGGUUAAUGCUAUCGCUACAAUUGAAAGGCCCGCUGGACCUGCUCCGACUUCCAGUGGCGGUGGUGCUGGCACCCGCGUCAUGAUCAUCGGCGGUGACGGGUAUUGCGGCUGGGCCACCGCCCUGCACCUCUCGGCCCGUGGCUACGAGGUGUGCAUUGUGGACAACUUGUGCCGCCGCCAGUUCGACUUGACUCUGGGCCUGGACACCCUCACCCCCAUUGCCACCAUCCACGACCGUGUGCGCAAGUGGGCGGAGGUGUCCGGGAAGUACAUCUCCCUGCAGAUCGGCGACAUCUGCGACUGGGAGUUCCUCUCGCAGGCCUUCACCUCCUUCCAGCCUGAACAUGUGGUUCACUUUGGCGAGCAGCGCUCUGCGCCCUAUUCCAUGAUCGACCGCCAGAAGGCCGUGUUCACCCAGACCAACAACGUCGUGGGCACCCUCAAUGUGCUGUUCGCCAUCAAGGAGCUCAAGCCCGACUGCCAUCUGGUCAAGCUGGGUACCAUGGGCGAGUAUGGUACCCCCAAUAUUGAUAUUGAGGAGGGCUACCUCACCGUUACGCACAACGGCCGUACGGACACGUUGCCGUACCCCAAGCAGGGCAACUCUUUCUACCAUCUAUCCAAGAUUCAUGACUCGACCAACAUGCUGUUCACGUGCAAGGCCUGGAAGGUGGCAGCUACAGACUUGAACCAGGGCGUUGUGUACGGCGUGCGUACGGAGGAGACGAUGGCAGACCCCAUGCUCAUUAACCGCUACGACUACGACGGCAUCUUCGGCACGGCGCUUAACCGCUUUGUUGUGCAGGCUGCUGUGGGCCACCCCCUGACCGUGUACGGCAAGGGAGGCCAAACCCGUGGCUUCUUAGACAUCCGCGACACGGUACGCUGCAUUCAAAUUGCCAUCGACAACCCUGCGGCCCGCGGCGAGAUGCGCGUGUUCAAUCAGUUCACGGAGCAGUUCUCCGUCAACCAGCUGGCCGAGAUAGUCAACCGCGAGGGCCGCAAGCUGGGCCUGGACGUGGUGGUGCAGAACGUGCCGAACCCGCGUGUCGAGGCGGAGGAGCACUACUACAACGCCAAGCACACCAAGCUGGUGGAGCUGGGGCUGCAGCCGCACCUGCUGGCGGACAGCAUGAUUGAUAGCCUGCUGGACUUUGCGGUACAGUACCGUGACCGCGUGCGCAUGGAGCUGAUUAAGCCGGCGGUGGACUGGCGCAAGACGGGCGUCAAGGUCAACACCAUGGGCGCGGCGGUGGCUAAGUAAGGAAUUAGUGCUGGUGCUGAUUGCGGGAGAAGCUUUGGUAGCACAGGCCAUGUGCAGAGUGUGCUGUUAAGCGGUCAUGAGCGGCGGCGGUGUAUGGCCCGGGGGGGGGAUGUACACGUCUGUGAUGGCUAUGAUUGCGACGAUUGAAAUGAUGAAUGCUGGUGUGCUAGCUGGCAGUGUUCGCAGCGGGAGGGGGGCCCGCACGAUUGGAGACGAGGGCAGCGGCCAGACAGACGGUACUCUGGGCCUCAAGAAGCUUUCCAUGGGUUUUACAGUGACAGGAUGACGGUGCGAUUGUGGAUGUUCGUUAUGGUGUCUGGCCAUAAUGAAGACCUGGGUGCGGUGGUAGCCGGCCGCCGGUGCUGUUUUGCGUGGUCUGGCAGUUGACGGGUGCUGGUUUCAGUGCAGUGCAGCGUAGUGGAGUAAAAGCCCUGUUAGCGAUCAGCCUGCAUGAAACGCGCAUGAGGUUGUUCAAACUCUGUUUUGAGCGUAUCCUGCACGUAGUCGAGCCAUCGGGCAAAGCUGCAACUAGCAUCAACUGGUUAUCUAUUGCAUAUUUAAACCUGACCUGUGCGGGUCAGGAGUCUGGCGUCGCAAAAAUGUGGUUAAUGUACAUAAAACAGGGGGAGCAUGAUGGGGUUGCUACUUGGUGCGGUCUCUUGUGCCUUCCCAAGUUGCCACCCCAGGAGAGCAGCUCCAGGUGGUGACACCUUCCAUAGAAGCGGCAUGUCCCUCAGCGCAUGCCGCUUGGGCAUCUGCAAGGUUGUGGCGAUGGUGGGACAGGCAGCUGCCGCGAGCAACGAUACUGUGCUGAACGAUGGAGAUUCCUAGGCUUGAGAAUGGAUGCUGUCCUAGACUGUGCGCUGAAAUAUUCAAUCAUGUACCGCCUGUCACUAUUGUAAGGAGAAUAAUACAUGUGACGUCC